CCCUCAAAAGAGUGGCACGGAGGACGGACCAACGUCCGGUUCUGAGCCCGGGCCUGACCGAGCCCAGGAGACCUCUGGGAGCGCUGCCCACCGAAGGAGUGCGCAAGCGCCGACUCUACGGCUCGCCAUGGUGGUCUUUGUCUGCUGGCCUGCUUCCUUGUACAUCCGCAGGAGCUGCAAAACCUCUAACAGCUCUAAGGGCUCUGCCGGAAUUCUGGGAUGCUGCUUUGUUCCCCAACCAUAACAUCCACGUCCAGUGUCAUAUUUCAGUUCACAAGUUUAAAGUCAGCACUUAAGAACAGCAAUGGAUGAUUGAGAAAGAAAUGUAAAGAAGGUACUCUUUAUGUGAGUAAGCGAGAACCUGGCAGAAGAAGCCUGGGAAGUUUAUAAACAGAUAAAGACGCAACAUGAAAGACUUGUAAGUUAAGUCUCAUCUUUUUCUGAAAAUACAGACUGAGGAAAAAUUUAGGAAACGUAUUUCCUCUGAACACAGUCGUUGAUUAUUCAAGACUACCCUUCUGUGUAUGGGACUCAGUUUAAAAGAGUUUGAAACAUAACUUAUACACAAUUUAUACUUAAAUAUGAGAGAAGUUCUAUAAGAACCAUUAAGAAUAUAAAGAGAUGUUAUAUUUUAUCCCUUUUUGUAAUCAUCUCAUCUCAGCGUAAUCAAUGUGAGAAAAAUCUUUAUUCAUAAAUUUAACUUUGUUAGAUACCUGAGAAUUAAUAUCGAAAACACACCAUAUGAAUUUAGUGAAUGUGGGAAAGCUUUCAUUCUUAUUACAUCUUAUUUGGUACUAGGGAAAUCUCCUGAUUAAAUUCACAUUCAUGAAAGGAAUGUUGGAAAGUCUUCAGCAUGAAUCAGAUCUCCUUCAGCAUGAUCAAAUUCAUAGUGGAGAGAAACCUUAUGAAUGUAAUGAAUGUAGAAAAACCUUUAGCCUGAAGCAAAACUUCCUAGAACAUAAGAAAAUGCAUACUGGAGAGAAAUCUCAUGAAUGCACUGAAUGUGGUAAAGUGUUCUCUCGAGUCUCAUCCCUUACUCUGCACCUCAGAAGUCACACAGGGAAGAAAGCAUAUAAAUGUAAUAAAUGUGGAAAAGCCUUCAGCCAGAAGGAAAACUUCCUUUCUCAUCAGAAACAUCAUACUGGAGAGAAACCUUAUGAAUGUGGAAAAGUUUCUAUUCAGAUGCCAGCCCUCAUCAGACACCAGAAAAAUCAUACAGGAACCAAACCCUAUGCAUGUAAGGAAUGUGGCAAAGCGUUUAACAGCAGAGCGUAUCUCACUGAGCAUGAGAAAAUUCAUACUGGAGAAAAACCAUUUGAAUGUAAUCAGUGUGGAAGAGCCUUCAGCCAGAAGCAAUACCUCAUUAAACAUCAGAACAUCCACACUGGAAAGAAGCCCUUUAAGUGUAGUGAGUGUGGAAAAGCUUUUAGCCAGAAGGAAAACCUUAUUAUACAUCAGAGAAUCCAUACCGGAGAGAAACCUUAUGAAUGUAAAGGGUGUGGGAAAGCUUUCAUUCAGAAGUCAAGCCUCAUUAGACACCAGAGAAGCCACACAGGAGAGAAACCUUAUACAUGUAAGGAAUGUGGGAAAGCCUUCAGUGGCAAAUCAAAUCUCACUGAGCAUGAGAAAAUUCAUAUUGGAGAGAAACCCUACAAAUGUAAUGAAUGUGGAACAAUCUUCAGGCAGAAGCAAUACCUCAUUAAACAUCACAAUAUUCAUACAGGAGAGAAACCCUAUGAAUGUAAUAAAUGUGGAAAAGCCUUCUCUCGAAUCACAUCACUUAUUGUACAUGUAAGAAUUCAUACAGGUGAUAAGCCUUAUGAGUGUAAGGUCUGUGGGAAAGCCUUCUGUCAAAGCUCAUCUCUUACUGUGCAUAUGAGAAGCCAUACAGGUGAGAAACCCUACGGUUGUAAUGAAUGUGGGAAAGCCUUUUCUCAGUUCUCAACUCUUGCUCUGCAUAUGAGAAUCCAUACUGGUGAAAAACCUUAUCAGUGUAGUGAAUGUGGGAAAGCUUUCAGCCAAAAGUCACAUCACAUUAGACACCAGAGAAUUCAUACCCAUUAAAGUUCUCUAUGAAUGCCUUGGAUUUAGCAAAACGUUCAGCAGAUUUUACACUGAAUAGUGUAUUGGAAAAUUCAUUUUACAUUAAAGUGACAUGAAUGUGGGAAGUCCAGCAGCAAUUCAAAACUUAAAUACUGUGAUGUCUAUUAAGUAUUAUAAAGAAAACCUGUACCCCCAAAACUCCCACAAUAAGCAUUGUUGAUGCUCUACUUCUAGUAUUCUCAUUGAAGUUAGAUUUAGUCAUGUACACUACUUACUGUGUUCCUGGAAGGCCUACCAGAUGCAUUAAGAAAUAGAUAUGAGACCAGGCAUGGUGGCUCACGCCGUAAUCCAAGCACUUUGGAGGCCAAGGCGGGCGGAUCACCUGAGGUCGGGAAUUCAAGACCAGCCUGACCAACAUGGUGAAACCUAUCUUUAUUUAAAAAAAAAAAAAAAUGAAAAAGAAAUAGAUAUGAGACGUGUAAGGAUUUGAAAUUGAGACAAAAUUAUCAUUUUUGUGAUAUGUUUUGCUACAUGUAUGACUUGUAAAAGUAUAAUCAAAAUUAUUUGUUGUUGAAACACUCAUAAAAUUGAGACUGAGAAUGUUGAAUUCAGAAAUAUGUACAUGAAUAUAUGGGGAACUGCUAAUUGAAUGAGGUGGUAUCCCAAAUUGGUGGAGAAAUCAUGGAUUACUUAAAAAUUAAUUGACUCUUCAUAUGGAAAAAUAAUAGAUUUCUACCAUCAUCAUAUAUUAAAAUAUUUUUCUUAAGAAUUCUAAAAGUAUUGAAGACUAAAAUGCAAAAAGCAAUACUUAAUCUAACAGUUUUAUAGGAAAUGUUUUUAAAACCUUGGGGCAGGAAAGAAUUUCUAAAACAUUCCAGAAUACACAGCAGUUCCACUCUUGAGUACAGUAGUCCCUGAUUUUCUGCAAGGGAUGGACUCCAAGACCUCCAGUGGAUACCUGAAACCCAGAUAGUACCAAACUCCAUGUUUUUUCGUGUGUGUGUGUGUGUGUAUACACACAUAUAUACCUAUGAUAAAAUUUACAAAUUAGAUACAGCAAGAGA